UCUCUCUCUCUCUCUCUACACACGGCGGGUCUUUUGUUAGAAUGGCAAAGGAAGUUGAGAAAACAGUAGUAACAGAGAAGGAGUUCUCAGCCAAGGACUACCACGACCCGCCUCCAGCUCCGCUAGUGGACGUGGUGGAGCCGACAAAAUGGUCGUUCUACAGAGCUAUCAUUGCAGAGUUCAUAGCCACACUUCUCUUCCUCUACAUCACCGUCCUCACCGUCAUCGGCUACAAGAGCCAGAUUGACCCCAUCAAGAACCCUGACCAGUGUGGCGGUGUCGGCAUCCUCGGCAUCGCAUGGGCCUUCGGCGGCAUGAUCUUCGUCCUUGUUUACUGCACCGCCGGUAUUUCUGGUUAGUAUAACCUAAAACCAUUAUUUACCAUUUUACUAAUUUAAACCCUAAUAAUUAUACAUAUUUUUUUAUUAGUUAAGAUUGUCACUGACCUUUGUAAACAAUAAUUAUUCUACCUGCACAAAAAUAUUUGGCUGAAUUGAUGUAGGAUUAAUAAAAAGUGAGGGCAUGAUCAUUUCAUUCUAUGAUUUGAGGGAAAUAGGAGAGGGAAAGAAAAAGGGUUUUUAGGGUUCAUUCAAGAAGAAGAAGAAACCUUUGAGUAUUUUUUAUUUUUUAUUUUUUUGUAAAUGGAGAUGUUGAGAGUAAAUUUUGUUGUGAUGGGUGUUAUGGCACUUGUUUUGGCUCUGGUUGUUCCUUCUAUCAAUGCUCAUGCUCAUGUCCCUGCCCCUGCUCCUGCACCUGCCCCUACAAGUGAUGGGGUAGCAGUAGAUCAAGGAAUAGCAUAUGUGCUCAUGCUGCUUGCUCUGGCUCUUACCUACAUCAUUCACUGAUGAUCAUUGCCCUUACCCCAUAAAAAAAAAAAAA